AUGAAAUAUGUCUUCAUAUUGUUUUUUAUGUUUCUCCAGGAUGUGAAUGCUGGCUGGAGUCUGGAGUACCCUCAGCUUUAUGUGCCAGGGCAGUUGAGUCAGUACUUCAGUAAACGUGCUUUCAUGAUGUGUGCACUUCACAGCUGUUACAGCUCUCUAGUGCUGUUCUUUGUGCCUUACGCUGCCACAUAUGACACGGUGAGAGACGAUGGCAAAGAUGGUGCAGACUAUCAGUCAUUCGCACUGAUUACUCAAACCUGUCUCACCGUCACUGUGUGUGUACAGUUGGGGCUGGACCUCUCAUACUGGACUGUUGUUAACCAUCUAUUCGUAUGGGGAAGUUUGGGAAUGUUCUUCAUAUUGACCUUCACCAUGUACACUGAUGGACUUUUCCGGUUACGUCCAUCUUCUUUUGCAUUCAUAGGAACUGCCCGAAAUUGUCUUAACCAGCCCAACGUGUGGCUGACUGUUGCAUUGACAGCUAUACUGUGUGUGCUGCCUGUGGUUGCUUACCGGUUCUUCUACAGCCAGAUCUCUCCUACCAUCAAUGACAAG